UUCUUUAUAAUAAUAAUAAUAAUAAUAAGAAAAUAAGAUGAUUGAAUCGUGUCCUAAACGUCGAAUGUUCAUCGGAAUAACUUCCUUAGGAAUGUAAGUUAUAAUUAAGAAAUUAAUCCCCUUGCAAAAACACAUCUAACCUCUCAGUGUAUCAGAUUAACCAUAUUAGUCUUGAUUAUCGAAUCAAAUUGGACAGAAUCAAACUUAAAGAAACGAGAGUUUCCAAUCGAACAGAAUUCCACGUGUCGGGAUAAAGAGAAGCAUGUAGUUAUUAAGGAAUGCGAACCUUGUACAGCAUAUGAAAUUACUAGUAAAAGUAUUGGAGUGUGUAUUGAAACGCAUUUUAAGGAAGUAAUAAAAUGUGCAAGUGGUGAAAUGGUAACGAGAAGUUGCGAUCGAGCUGUUUAUUUGGAUGAAAAAAGAUUUUGGAAAUUUGAAUGUUCAAUGUUUAUGGGAUCUUUAGUCUCACUCGUUUUUGUGAUAGCCAGGAAAAAAGUAUUAAAUAAGCGAUUAUUACAAAGGGUACAAAGACAAUUAGCUAAUAGUGUUUAAAAUAAAUCAAAUUAAAAUGAGUGUUUAUAUUGAGGGAAGUUUAACUUUGGUUGAAAAUAUGUUUGGGUUGAGUUUAGAAUCAUUUAUAGUUUAUAAUUUAGCAGUUAAAUGUGAUGUAGAUGUUAAUUUAUGUGUGGUUGACAAUGAAGGUGAAUUAAAAAUGGUUUUAGAUUUAGAUAAAUUUGUGGUGAUUAAUAAAAACGAUAUUCCGCGGAUUGGGAGUUAUUGUAAAUGGCCUAUUGUAAUAACAAAUAAUAAAGUUGUAGCUGGUUUAUGCGCGGUUUGUCGCCAAAUUAUUAAAUUGAGUAAUAAUAGUAAUCUUAAAAAUUUAUUGGGGUUCAAAGAAUCUUGUUUGAUGGCUUGCUCUGAAACGUCUACUUGGACGAAAUUUUGUGAGGUUGAUAUAAUAAAAACAACAAAAGAUUUAUUGGUUGAUUUAAAUAAAUUUAUUGAGAAUGAUUGUUUUAAAGCCCCAAUUUGUUUUGGGAAAUUCGAACACCAUUUAAACCAGCCAGUUCGAAUGCAUAACAUUUAUAAAGUUGCAAGAAGAGUUCAUAAUGACAAAGAUUUAAAAAGUAGCUUACCAAUUGAAGGUUUAAAUUUAAAUCAUUUAUACGCUGAAGGUUUAUACAUGACUCUAGCCGAUUGUAUCAUUUAUUUUUGUUACAAAUUAAUUUUUACCCAAAUUAUUUUCGACGGCGAUUCCAAAAACGAUUUAAAUCUAACCUCAUCUUGGAUGAAACGCAUGGAUUUAAGCGAAUUAAACAUAAAUAUUGACAAAAAACCCGAUAUCGUAUCAAUUAAAAAGGUAAUUUUACCCAAAAUUAAACAUACAAGUCUUUAUAGUUCCGAACAAAACAAAUAUAAACAAGAAAUAAGUGUCACAUCCGAAAUAAUAGACGAUUUAAAUCGCUCCUUGCAUAAUUUAAAAAUUUCCAAUAAUUUAAUUCCUUUUGGCGAUGAUUUAAAUUUUGAUUGGGGUUUAAUCCCUUUUAAUGCAAAUCCAGGGGCGGCUUUACCGAAAAAUCGGUCAAAAAGGAAAUGCGAACAACUAGAAAAUUUAGCAAAAUCCGUCUUAAAAAUAAUCCAAACAAAAACCUCUCAAAAAUCAAUUAAAAUUGUUGAUUUUUGUAGCGGAGGUGGUCAUUUAGGAAUUUUAUUAUCAACUCUCCUCCCAAAUUCAACGAUAAUUUUGGUUGAAAACAAAGAACGGUCCCUCGAAAUGGCUCUAAAUCGUAUCAAAUCCCUAAAAUUAACCAACAUCCAAAUCGUUCAAUCAAAUCUUGAUUACUUCAUCGGUAAAUUUAAUAUUGGAAUCUCUUUACAUGCGUGUGGUGUAGCUACUGAUUUGGUUAUACAAAAAUCGAUUGAUAAUAAAGCGGAUUUUGUGUGUUGUCCUUGUUGUUAUGGGGCAAUUAAAAAUUGCCAUCAAAUUUCGUACCCGAGGAGUGGUUAUUUUAAGAACAUGUUAAGUUACGAUGAGUAUUUGAGGGCGACGCGUGGGGCCGAUCAAACUCACGACGAAGAAAAUCCUAAAACUAAAAACGGAUUUCGUUGUAUGGAUAUUAUCGAUUGGGAUCGCAAAUUGUACGCUGAACAAUUCGGUUAUGAAGUUCGUUUGGGUAAAUUAAAACCUUCUAAUUGUACGGUUAAAAAUAAUCUAUUAGUUGGUAUUUUAGGUUAAUUAGAUUAAAAUGAAUGUGUUGUAAUGAAAAUUGUAUGUUAAAAGAAUUACUAAAAUGAGUUUAAGUUAAUAUUUGUAUAUACAGGUGUCCCAUAUCUUCCGCAUCAGAGCAGGACUGGCCGCAGGUGGAGUUAUUAUAAAUAUUUUGAAAAAGUUUUAUUACAAUAAACGUUUCAGAAUAAUGUGUAUCCUUCAACCGUAUAAUGCUCUGAUGCGGAAGAUACGGGACACGGUAUAUAGAGUUUGUAUUUCUAAUGUUUUCAUUAUAAGCGAUUAGAUUGAAAUUUUA